AUGUUCGCAACACAAUCUCCUCAAACCCCCUUCCACCAAACCCACUACACUCCAACCCGCUCCUCCCCGCUCCGAAAGCACAACACGACUCCACCCGUAUGGACCAUGUCCCCGACGCGCAGCAUCCAAGGCGCGUCACAAAGCACAGCGCCAAACCCAUUCAGCAACGCGCCACCGACUUUCAACAUCCAAACCGAACCAGUCGCCCGACACGUACAAAACCACCACUCCCCAAUCCCAAUGCACUUCAACGCGUCCGCCUCAGCCUCAACAACACCAACCUCUUCAAACCCAUUCCUCACCCACACUCAAGCACCCACUUCCCCCUCCUCGCCAACCCGCCAAAAACCGAAAUACGAAGCGCGAUACGCUUCCACUAUCGCGAACCCGCUUCAGGGCGCGGCGGGUCUGGCGCGCUCGAAAACGCGUAAGAUAUUCCUCAACCGUGUGCGCAAUGAGCGUGACGAUGGACGCUUUGAGGCGCGUGGGGAGCAGAUGAUGCGUAUGGAGCAUCUUGCUGACCGGAGGAGGUGGGAGGAGAGUAUGGCGAGGGAUGGGGAGGGGGUUAUUGCGGGGUUUGAGGGGGAGGUGGAGGAGGAUGAUAUGCUUCCUGGUAUGUUAGCUCUUUUUGUCUUUUUUCUUUUCUUUCGGGUUGAUUUGGCGGAUAUGCGAAUACGUGUGUGGAUUGAAGACUGGGUGGACUGGACUAUGCACUGUGCCUAA